AUGGGCAAGAGAGCAAUUCGUGCAGUUAGACUACCAUGUCAUAGCAGACAGGUGCCGGAACGACAAAGGUCUCCAUCUAAAGUCAAUGCGCUAGGUCCAGUUAUACAAAGUGUAUCCGGGGAGCCAACAAGUCACAUGAGACCCGUCUUACAGUUCGCACCACGACACCUGGGCGGGCGCUGCGAAGCGGGGGUUGGGGUGGGGGCGGGAGAGGAGAUAGGCUGUGUGCGGGUCGGGAAAAAGGCCACCACAUUAGUUCGCUAG